AUGGCUGACCAGGGAACCUCCUCGGUGGCAGAGGCCACCCAAGCUGGAGGGGAAGGAAGGAACCAUGCAGGCGAUCCCCUGAGGUGCGCUGGGAAGGAGGUAGCGAAGUCCAGGCCGGAGGAGGAGGAGAAGCAAGUUCUAGUCGUCAACAAGAUGGGAGCACGUAAGGCUCGUCGACCACAGUUCUUGGCUGUCGGUCUGUUCCUGUCUACUCUUCUCGUGACCUCCCAGCAGCUGAUCGACCACAUGAAAAAGGUAUGGAAACUUCGUGGGCAGUUGGAAGCAAGUGCGCUGGAAUCGGAGGAGGGCAGGGAGUUCGUCCUAGCCUUCUCGGAGGAAGGAGACUGGAAGCACUCCAUCUUCGCAGGCCCGUGGCAAUACAAGAUGGAUGCUUUUCUGGUGGAAAGUUUUGCUGAAGGAGAUGACCCAUCUUCUGUUCCUUUCACACAUGUACCUAUGUGGACACAGUUUAGGAAGAUCCCCUUCUACCUGCUUUCCAAGAAGCUUGCUUUUGAUUUAGGAGAAUGUAUAGGCUCAACAAUGAUAGUGGACAGUAAUGCUAGGGGAAGCAUCAGUGACAAGUUUGUUAGGACCAGGGUUAAGCUACCUUUGUAUAGGCCCUUGCGCAAGGAAUUGUCGCUGGUUGAUGAGAUCACAGGGGAAGAGGUAGUGGUGCAGAUCAGGGCACAAGGAGGCAAGAUGCGAUAUGCCAAUGACAGAGCGUAG